CUUGUCCCUGGAGUCUAAUAUUUUGGACGCUCAGUUUGGUGUAAAGGUCAGAAACAGCCAUGCCAUUUGGCUGUCUCCCAGUGGGGGAAAAGAAGGACUACCACAGUCCCGCAGACGUUACCGACAAAUAUGACAUGGGCCAGAUUGUCAAAUCGGAGGAGUUCUGUGAGAUAUUCAGAGCUAAGGACAAAAUCACCAAUAAAAUGUACACGUGUAAGAAGUUCCUGAAGAAAGAUGGACGUAAAGUACGCAAAGCAGCAAAAAAUGAGAUUCAGAUCCUAAAGAUGGUGAAGCAUCCCAAUAUCCUCCAGCUGGUGGAUGUCUACGAGACCAAAAAGGAGUACUUCCUGUUCCUGGAGCUGGCAACAGGCAGAGAGGUGUUCGACUGGAUUCUGGACCAGGGGUACUACUCGGAGAAGGACACGAGCAACGUAGUGCGCCAGGUUUUGGAAGCCGUGGCCUACCUUCACUCGCUGCAUAUUGUCCACAGAAAUCUCAAGCUGGAAAACUUAGUGUACUAUAACCGGCUGAAACACUCCAAAAUAGUGAUCAGUGACUUCCAUCUGGCCAAACUGGAGAAUGGACUGAUCAAAGAGCCAUGUGGCACACCGGAGUACUUGGCGCCUGAAGUGGUGGGCAGACAGCGGUACGGUCGCCCGGUGGACUGCUGGGCCACCGGUGUCAUCAUGUACAUACUACUAUCAGGCAAUCCUCCUUUCUAUGAUGAAACUGAAGAUGACGACUAUGAAAACCAUGACAAAAACCUUUUCAGGAAGAUCUUAGCAGGAGACUAUGAGUUUGACUCUCCAUACUGGGAUGAAAUAUCUGAUUCAGCUAAAAGUUUAGUGGCUCGUCUCAUGGAGGUGGACCAGGACCAGAGGCUGACGGCGCAGGAGGCCAUCAACCAUGAGUGGAUCUCCGGUGGAGCUGCCUCAGAUAAGAACAUCAAGGAAAAUGUGUGCGCUCAAAUAGAGAAGAACUUUGCCAGAGCCAAGUGGAAGAAAGCUGUGCGUGUGACCACAAUCAUGAAGCGUCUGAGAGCUCCUGACAGCGACUCAAAGGCAGCCGGCCUCGCAGCGGGAGCUUCAGCAGACGCUCCUGCAGACACCCAGGCCUCUGCUGGCUCCUCUGUACCCCCGUCCAGCACAGAGGGAGUGCCCACUGUGGAGGUCACUCCCUCACAGCCUCCCCUCCAGGACGUCCCACCAGAGUCCCGCUGCAAUGGGGACGCAUCGGUCUCCUCCACAGGUGCUCAGGCCGGGGAUGAGCAGGGAUAAGCUCCCUGAGCCCUCGUCUCUACAAACUGUACAUUAGUUGCUAGCAUGGUGACACUGACUCUGCUUCUCCUUAUCACCUCCUGGGGGUGCUGUGUUCCUAAGUGCUGCGCGCUCAUCACUGGCUUCUCCUCUCAUCUACACUACACUAUCUGCACUGACCCUGUGGUAUUUUAUGUCAUUUAUACUGUGCUCGCUUGUGUUGAAACACUCACACUGAUCCCUGACAAGCUGUGACUGGGACCUAAAGUCCCAGUGCUAACACAGUUAUAGCAAAGCUAAUUGCGCUAAAGCCGCUUUGAUUCCCUUUUAAUGAGGCAACCAGGGAAACUUCUCUGUCAGUCCAACAAUCAGUUCUAACAUUAUCAGGACACUGCUGCAGACGUUUUACUAGACAGACCCUGUCCAGUGUUUACCUGUGGUUAUUUAAAGUCACACUGUAUGAAAACUAAAGGCACAUUAUAUUCAAUCUCCUAAUUAACGCACUAAACCCCAUGAUAUGGCUGGAAAAAGAAAGUGACUGCAAUCAAUUACUCAUAAAAUAGCUCAAGGAAACACAAAACCUGCUCUGGUAUUUCACAGAGUCUGGAGUUCACUGUAGACGUCUUAGUCUAUAUAAACAUAUUUAUACUUUUUAACAACAAAACAAUUUAUUCCUAGAGUGCAAUUUACUAUGAUGUAAAACUGUGGCUGACGUUUCACUGUUCAUGUCAGUGGAGAUACUCUCAAUAUUUAU